AUAUUUCAGAUGGCGUGAAGGCUUUUGGCCUGUAGUGACAAAUGUUUAUGGUUGGGAGAUUGCUGAAACAGGCUCCGUUCGGCAGUAUCGUUUUGAAAUUCUGGAAGAUCCUUGCGCAAAAUUGUUCACUGGUGAAUAUGGCCGAUUGGGAUCAUUCGAAAAACAGAGACCGCCUUUUGAUCAGAAGAACCCAUUCAUUGCUACUGUUGGUGUGAAUCGUGAGCUUCACGGCGAGAAAAGCGAACGCAGUUGUCGUCAUAUUGAAUUCGUCACCAAUGCAGCAAGGAUAAGGUAUGAGACUGGUGAUCAUUUGGGAGUUUUUCCAACAAACGAUCCAAAUUUAGUGGACGAAUUGGCCAAGCUGAUCGGUGUGAAUAUGGACCUAUCUUUUAGCCUCAUCAAUCUUGACGAAGAAAGCUUGAAAAAGAACCCAUUUCCAUGCCCAUGCACUGUGAGGACUGCGCUUACGCAUUAUGUGGACAUUUGUGCUCCAGUUAAGUCGCAUGUUUUGAGAGCUCUGGCUUCGUUUACAAGCGAUGAAACAGAACGUGAACGCCUUCUGCUUCUGAGCACUGCAAAUCAACAGGGUCUGAAAGAAAGGCGUUCAAUUGUUGACAUUCUUCGUGCUUUUUCAACAUGCAAACCUCCAAUCGACUGUCUUCUGGAAUUACUGCCACGUCUUCAAGUAUUGUUAUUUACUGCACGUUACUACAGCAUAUCAUCGUCACCAAAAACGAAUAGUGAUUCGGUCGCCAUUACAGUAGUUAUUACUAAAUAUAUGAUCGGCGAUCGAUUGAUCAAAGGAAAUGAAGGCUCCAAAGUUCCGAUCUUUGUCCGGAGGUCAACGAUGCGUUUGCCACAUCGAUUAACCACACCAGUGAUAAUGGUCGGACCAGGAACGGGGUUCGCCCCAUUUCGAGGAUUUUUGCAGGAGCGUGCUUGCCAGAAAAAACAAGGAAAAACAAUAGGGCCGAUGGCGCUGUAUUUUGGAUGUCGUCAUCCGGAACACGACUACAUAUACGAAGACGAGCUGAAAAGCUUUCUUCAGGAUGGCGUACUCUCCGAGCUGCAUGAAAAAACAUCGCUUGCUCAUACUAUAACUGAUUGCAGUGAUGCACGAAAUAUGGCGCGUGAUGUGCAGAAUACAUUCAUUCGGAUCUACACGGAGAUCGGCAGGAAGACCGAGAGCGAUGCUCAAGCAUUCCAGAAAGACAUGGAACGACAGCGGCGCUAUCAGGCGGAUGUAUGGUCCUGACA